UGUUGUCAAAAUAUUAUUUCGGAUUUUUAUUUUUUAAGGACCGAGGCCGCCAUUCCUUUCGAUUUCGUUCGAGACACGAGUAAACACUGCCAUUGCUCGAACCAUCUACAAUCUCGGAUUAAUUUACGCUGCGCGUAGAAAAGAUUUGCACUCUUCCGUUCAAUUGGGUGUCUUGAACCAAACGGGAUUUUUUGGAUUCUUUUUUACCAAGUUUGAUAUUAGUUUGAUACAAGUAUUUUAUCAAUGGGCACUUCUGAAGCAGUUCUGCAAAUUUUGUGUGGGGCUGGACCUCGUCUUUUCUAUAGUAACCCGUGUUUUAGCAAAUCAAACUCAAGAUGUGCAUUUGAGUUCCAUUUCAAAUGCUCGAGGAGAAGAGCCUCAAGUUGUUCGCAAUUUCUCAAGCGCUCAAGUAUGCUACAGUAUGGAGUUCGAGGGAUAGGCAGUGGUUUUCUUAGAAAUGCAAAAAUUGAUCCUUCUUGUCUUCAGCACUGCAAAUGCCAAAGGGAUGAGAGUGUAGGUGGUAUAACUUCUGAAGAUGGUGUUGGGACAUGGUUUGUGGAUAAUGCAAAGAAAUUAAAUCCCAUAAACGGUAUGGUAAAUGCAUCAAAUAUUCUGGAGUUUCAGGAGUUAAAACAGGAAAAUGAGGUUAUGACAUUUAAUGGAACAAAUGGAGCCCUGGGAGAUACAACAUUUCACAAGGUUAGUAUAGACUCCAUUGAGGAUGAAGCAUGGGAAUUACUCCGGGAGUCGAUGGUUUAUUAUUGUGGCAGUCCAAUUGGAACAAUUGCGGCAAAAGAUCCGACUAGUUCCAAUACGUUAAAUUAUGAUCAGGUUUUUAUUCGAGAUUUCAUACCUUCUGGCAUAGCUUUCUUAUUGAAGGGGGAGUAUGAGAUUGUUCGAAACUUCAUUCUUCAUACGCUUCAGUUGCAGAGUUGGGAGAAAACAAUGGAUUGUCAUAGUCCUGGUCAAGGGCUGAUGCCUGCUAGCUUCAAGGUGCGCACAGUUCCUCUGGAUGGUGAUGAUUAUGCAACAGAAGAGGUAUUGGAUCCUGACUUUGGAGAGGCUGCAAUUGGCCGUGUUGCACCAGUUGAUUCUGGAUUAUGGUGGAUUAUUUUAUUGCGUGCCUAUGGGAAAUGCUCUGGGGACCUCUCUGUUCAGGAGAGAGUUGAUGUGCAAACAGGAAUUAAGAUGAUUCUAAAGCUAUGUAUUGCUGAUGGUUUUGAUAUGUUUCCUACAUUAUUAGUGACAGAUGGUUCCUGCAUGAUAGAUCGCCGAAUGGGAAUUCAUGGCCAUCCUUUAGAAAUACAGGCACUAUUUUAUUCAGCAUUACUAUGCGCACGCGAAAUGCUUGCUCCAGAGGAUGGAUCUGCUGAUCUUCUGCGGGCUCUGAACAAUCGUCUGGUAGCCCUGUCAUUUCAUAUCAGGGAGUAUUAUUGGAUUGAUUCGAAAAAACUGAACGAGAUUUACCGUUAUAAGACUGAAGAAUACUCAUAUGAUGCAGUUAAUAAGUUCAAUAUUUACCCAGAUCAGAUUUCUCCUUGGUUGGUGGAAUGGAUACCCAAUAAAGGGGGCUAUCUAAUUGGAAACCUGCAACCAGCUCACAUGGAUUUCCGAUUUUUUUCUCUAGGAAACUUGUGGUCUGUCGUAAGCAGUCUUGCGACAGCAGAUCAGUCACAUGCCAUAUUGGACCUGAUUGAAGCCAAAUGGGUAGAUUUGGUGGCAGAUAUGCCAUUCAAGAUAUGUUAUCCUGCUCUUGAAGGUCGGGAGUGGCAGAUUAUCACAGGAAGUGAUCCGAAGAACACCCCUUGGUCCUACCACAAUGCAGGUUCUUGGCCAACUCUGCUCUGGCAGUUCACAGUUGCAUGCAUAAAGAUGAAUAGACCAGAAAUUGCUGCGAGAGCUGUUGAGAUAGCUGAGAAACGUGUAUCAAAAGACAACUGGCCUGAAUAUUAUGACACCAAAAGAGGAAGGUUCAUUGGAAAACAAGCACGCCUUUUCCAGACCUGGUCAAUUGCAGGAUACCUUGUGGCAAAGCUCCUGCUUGCUGAUCCUAACAAAGCUAAGAUUUUGGUUACAGAAGAGGAUUCUGAACUUGUCAAUGCAUUCUCUUGCAUGAUCAGUGCCAACCCAAGAAGAAAGCGUGGUCGGAAGGAUUUGAAACAGACCUACAUAGUAUAAGCAUUCUAUAUUAACUCAGAUGCCGUGGUGCCAGGCAGUUCACCCACAUCCAUACGAAGAUUGGUUACAUUGUGCCCGAUUUAGGGUUUAAUUUAUCAAACUUAUAUUUCGAUUGCUUGAAUACUGGCCUGUUGGAAUUCUUCAUGGCAUGGUUGUGUUGUGCAUAAACUAGCACAUAGGUCUUAUUCAUGUAUCAUAGCAUUGUUUGUAAGCUUCUCUAUUUGUAAAGAUGGGUUUUGCCUGUUCAGGACUAUAGGCGGCACCCUCUUACGGUAUAGGCCACAGAGACUGUCAUUUUGUAAACUGUACAUCAGGUAAUAAAUGGAUGGCAUUGUCUCA